AUGCGUCUUCGGUCGAACCAUGUUCUUCCUGACCCUAACCAGGUCCCACCUCCCGCUCGUCGUCGUCGCCAGACGCGAGCUUCUUCAGCUCAGCCCACUGAGCUUACAGCUCAGGUUACAACUGAGCCUGCCGCUGAGCCUGCCACUGGGGCGGCCAGACGGCCUGCCAAGAAGGUCUCCAAGAAGACCCGCGGCAAAAAGCAGGCGUCUCGCAAGACGAGACCGCAAAGCCCUGGACCUGAAGGUCCAGCCUCUACCACUUCGCCGGGGCCCUCCCCGAUAAUCUCCCAAGCUCCCAGUCCGCUGGCCGCCACCCCGGCGGUUCAGUCUACCGAUGACCGUGAGUUGGACCCUUCUCUCCCCCCCUUGGAUCCCCAAGAGACCGUUCAGGGUACUCGCGUGGCCCAAAAUGACGCCCCGACCACUGCCCAUGACACCGUCCCUCCCCAGGACGCCUCUCCCCAGGACACCCCGCUUGCUCCCCCAAACUUUAUGCCUGAAAGUCGACUUGGAGCACGACUUUUCACAAUUGAAGAGGCCGACGAGCCCUUCUCCCCUUUCCAACAGCACGCACAAGAACGUGCUGAUGAGCGCCGCCGGGCACAGCUCGCGGAAAUGGAGCAGAUCCAGAACCGCCUUGCUAGUCGCCUACAGGGCCAAAGAAUUGUACAGCAGCGACUUGAUGAAGAUGAGCGACGACGCGCAGAGUUCCACCGUCUUCGCGACGAAUACCUUGCUCGCGAAUCUCAAGCUUCCUCCGCCUCCUCUGUCAACCCCCAAGUACCCUCCCCUUCCCUUCCUGAAAACGAUGAUGAAGAUGAUUUUGUUGAUGCCCGCGAGGUCAUUGACCGAAAGUCCGAGUCGGCCAGGAAGUGGUUGCGGCACAAGAAAUACUCCCAUAUGCCACCUCCUCCGCCUCUCUCACCCUUCAGCCAGGACCGUUUGCAUCGCGUUAUCAACGGCUUGGAGCUUCCCGAUCCCCCAGGAGUCUGGACCAGAAUCAAGGAAACGCAGGGGCUAACAUAUUACAAAGACGGCUGGGGCAUCAAGCGGGUGCGCCAGUCAGACCACCCCGAAUCGUCACCCGCCAAACGACAGAAGUCAUCGAUCGCUUCCCCUGUUUUCCUCUCAUCUCCUCGCACCCGUGGAGUCCCUCGCAAGUCUUACGCAGAUCGUACCCGCCGCCGGCAGAUUGAGGCCAAUGGCCGGAUCGACCGAACGAUUUUCCGCCUUCCUGAGCUGCUUGCUCAACAACAAGCAGAUGCCGCGUCAAACCCGGCUCGCUCAUCUACAAAUUCACAUGAUACUAAUCCUCCUACAACCCCACCACCUGCUGACCCUGCACCCGCCCCUGCUACAGUGCAGGCAAACACUAGCUUUCCAAGAGCCAUCUUUAAUUCACUUACUCAACGUUGGACCAGCCUUUGGGGAGGAACACCCGCUGGGCAACAGGCUGAACAGCAACCCAUUGUACAAGAACCGCAAACCCCCCGUGUUCAAAACACUGCUUCUGAACCACCCGCAUCUGCCCCCUCGGCAUACCAUGACGCCCGGUCACACCGGGAGACUUCUCCUACGUCUCAACAGACCGGCAAUCCUCGUGUCCUCCGACGCGCAACUACUCGUCCUUACCGCCCACCCCGCAACUACGACCUCUACCCUCGUGGCUUUGAUGAAGCCCUUAUUGACCGUUGCUUCGUUGGCCAGCGCAAAGCUCCUGAAAAGAAACAAACCAAGGAAAAGGAUACCUCAAACAAACGGAAGCGAGCGCCUUCCCCCGAUGUGAUUCCUAAUCCUCCAGGUUGCAGCUACGGUUUGCAUGAUGAUUAUUUCACCUAUGAUGAUGACGAUGAGGCAUGGGCCGCUGAGGAACAGGCCCGCCGAGAUGCUGCGAAGACCGCCACGGAUUCCUCAGAGCCUGCCACAAAGAAAGCCCGGGUUAACUUCAAUCAUGCGGGGCACUUUGAGGUGCCCUACUCUUCUGAUUCAGAGACUUCUGUCGUCGAUCACGCACCUGUACCUACCAAUUUCAACCAUUCGGGACAUUUUGAAGUUCCCGAGUCAUCGGAACCAGAGGAGUCCAGCACAAACUCUAGCCCAAGUUCUGAUUCAAAAACCAGCACAAAAUCCGACACAACCAAAUCCAGCAACCGCGAGGCUCAGCGUACUCGAUCGAAAAGAAGUACCUCCCCUCUCACCAAGGCUCGUCGCACCGCCGAACAACAUAAACCAAAAACCCCUAGCCGUCUUCGUGCAGCUCACCGUUUCUCCUUGCCUCCUGAUGUGAUGGACAACCUGCAUCAGAUGUUGACCAGCGAGGAUGAAGAUACACGCAAAAGAGCCGCAACCAUGUUGCAAGCUUGUCCUGAUGGCGACCUGCGGAAAAUCAAAUGGCCUCAGCGCAAAUCUUGGAUCGAUAAGUUAGAUCUCAUUCGAGACGAUAUCCGCGCCCGUGACCGCCACUACCGGAGCCUCGUACUCAAGGACACCGACCAAAUCAACCGAGACAAAGUCCAUAAGAGGUUCCAGCGAAAUGUUGAAAUUCUGGCCAAGGCCCGUCGGGCUGGACGGUGUCUCAAGGUCUGA